CGGAGAGCGCUAAGCGCAGGCUGCCAGACGUCGCUAGAGCCCCGCCGGCGACGCAGCAUCCGAGGAGGCUCCGGAGGAUCGGGCGAGAACCGAGAAAGCCGCGCCUCUCGCCGCCGUUCCGGGCGAAGGAGCUUCAACCCUGCAGGUCGAGGGCCUUUCGAUGCCGUCGCAGUUUUUGCAGGAGGAGAUUACUCCAGAGUUUUCUACCAUGCCUGCCUUUGCUGACAUUACCCAGAAUGGGGUAGCUCAUUCAGAAAAAGUCCAUCCCACUUAUGAGCAUCUGGGGUCAGGGAGAGAGAUGACAGAUGACAUUUUCGAUGAGACGUAUCGUGAGAAGGAGGGUCCUAAGCCUGUGAUGAGAUACGUCUGGAGGAACAUUAUCCUCAUGACUCUUCUCCAUGUAACUGCACUGUAUGCCAUCUUGUUCAUACCUUCUGCAAAGCCACUCACUUUGGUGUGGGCUGUUUUGUGCUUCAUCUUGGGUGGUCUUGGAGUUACAGCUGGAGCACAUCGACUUUGGAGUCACCGGUCUUACAAAGCUACCUUGCCUCUCCGAAUAUUCUUGGCCAUAAUCAACUCCAUGGCUUUCCAGAAUGAUAUUUAUGAGUGGGCCAGAGACCACCGUGCACACCACAAAUUCUCUGAGACUGAUGCAGAUCCCCACAAUGCAAAACGGGGCUUUUUCUUUGCUCAUAUUGGCUGGCUAUUGGUGCGCAAACACCCUGAUGUCAUUGAAAAAGGACAGAAGCUGGACUUGUCUGACCUGAAAGGUGACCGAGUUGUGAUGUUCCAGAGAAGGCAUUACAAGGCCUCCGUGGUGCUCCUGUGCUUCUUGUUUCCUUCCUUUGUUCCUUGGUACUGCUGGGGAGAAGCCUUUCUCACCAGCUUCCUGCUGUCUAUUCUCCGCUACACAGUAACCCUCAAUGCCUCCUGGCUGGUGAACAGUGCAGCACACACGUAUGGCAAUCGGCCAUAUGAUCGCCAUAUCAACCCCAGAGAAAACCACUUUGUGGUCUUUGGAGCCUUGGGGGAAGGCUUCCAUAAUUACCAUCAUACUUUCCCCUUCGAUUACUCAACGAGUGAAUUUGGCUGGCGGUGGAAUUUCACUACUGGUUUCAUUGAUCUGAUGUGCUAUCUUGGCUUGGCCAGCGACUGCAAGAAAGUGGCCAAGGAGACCAUCUUGGCUCGAAAAAUUCGGACUGGUGAUGGAAGCUAGAAGACUGGCUGAAGACCUGUUUCCCUGACGUUUGUUUCCUUGUCUUUCCAGCAACUUAGUUAUACAUUUGAUUUGUUUACUAGCUGUUAGGACUGUGCAAAGCAUCAAACGGAGGGGGCUUCGCAAAGUGCAUUGACACAAAUGAACAUUAAAUCAGUUGUGUCCUCUGAAAGGCCAGGAGCUGCUGUUUUGAAGAUUUUCCUGGUUCCCUGCUCAGGUGUGUGUAUACACAGCUGCUUUGCUUGGCUGAUAGUUGAAUCAGAUGGGCUUUCUGUGCAUGCACACACAGAUGGGAACAGUCAGGGUCGCCCCUCAAAACAGCCAAGCCAAGCUGUCUUCACGUUGCAGCUGCUUCAUGCUUUGAGGGUGGAUAAUUCACUAAUUUUGCAAAGCCCCCCUUUCAAAUGCUUUGCACAGCCACAUAACUACCAAGCAAUGUGUUUAGGAUGUUUAAAUGGGUGACUAACUCAUUCUAGUUUUGUCUUUUGAAACAAUAUAUUCAAGGCAUGUAGCCAAACCUUGCCCCCCACCCCCAGUCGGUCUUGGAGGCUGCUUUUCUAAGUCUUUUCCACCCCUCCUCUGCAAACUUUUCCUUUUCUCUUCUCUGUUUUUUUCUCUGUUUCUCUCAUUAGAGUUAGUUAGACUUCUAGGCAGCAGUUCUGAAAACUAUUAGAAAUUGAGAAAAGGAUGUGUAUACUGAAUGGGAAGGCAGAAGAUAAGAUCAUCUUAUAUGAGAAGCACCUAAUUUUACAGAUCAAUCCCAGAAGUAGCCGUUGAGUUUUUAGCUGGGACUAGGCAAUUGGAGCUCCCUCCCUCCACGUCCUAGGAAAAAGUUGUAUUGUCUCUUGGAGGAGAGUCAGGUUGUUCCUUAAUGGUAAAGGCAGGAUCUGUUUUGAAUUUUAUCCUGCUCAGUCUCUCUCUCUCAGCAAUUUCCCCCUAUCGCUUACCUUGCAAAUGGUGGGGCAGAACAUCUGACUGCUCUCGGCUUCGUUUUGCGGACAUCUCCCAUAGGCCCAACUCUUACUCCCCUUGAGUGUUCAGCUGGCUAGUCGCUGCUUCCAAACGGGGAAGUCACUUGCCCCACAACUGAUCCCGUUUUUAGGAAGGGGCAGAGGCUACACUAUUCUCUUACUUGAUUUGAUUAUCUCAGUAUUUACUAUGAAGUCAUGAUGGGAACCUUUGAGGUAGUCAUUGUGGAGACCUGACAUUGAGAGAGGCAGAGCUUUUAUACCAGAAAGAGGGAACUUGGGAGCAUGUGGUUUAUUUUUUCAUGUAUCCCAUUAGGUCUCAUUUUUAGGGCACUUGUUUGCUAGCCAGUGGAGGACACGAUGUCCUUGCCACACCUACCUCUAGCAGUCUAAUUGGUCUCUCCAGGGCUUUUAUAUUAGCCAUGAGAGUAAAUGUACUACAUAGAGGUCAAACAGCAGAGCAAGAAGGGAUGGCAUAUCUCCAUUCCCUGUUGCUCAGUUUCCCAAAAACAUCUGGCUGGGCCCUGGAAGACAGGAUUUGAUGAAUGACUACUUUGACCCAUCAGGCCUCCUCUAAAUAUCUAGGCUUAUCUGAAAAUUCUUGGUUAAGAUGCAUCAACAAAGACAAGUAGAUAUGGCACCAAGAUGAGUAUUUUGCCCCAGUCGAAAGCAAGGGUAUAAUAACCAGUUAGUUAAAAUUUGGUUGUACUUCCUUAAGCACUUCAGCAACACAAGGAAAUAAUGGAAAACCCCAUGGACUUCAUUCUUCUGGUAUUUGGAAAGGUAGGAUCUCAGACACCCUUGACUGAACAUACUUGUUUCCCCCUUUGAGUGCAUCUUUAAAGAACAGCAUGUACCAAAGGUGUAAAGACCAAUCGUUUUGCUGAUGGACAAUUGUGAGUUCUAUAGGUAUUUAUUGAACUUAUACCUUCAUUAUUGUUUACCUACAAAAGUGAAUACAAAAGGAUCUCAGAGGGCAGGAAGUUAUUACCAGGCUGGCAGGACUUCCUGAAAGGUCUCAGGUUUUAGUUCUCUUAGCCAGAGAUAUCCAAGGCCCUUCCCUUCAGUUGAGGAAAGAGAAAGAAUGUACUUGGGAAGUUUUUGCCCAGAAGUAAAGAGUUUAACAAAAACCUUGUAAAAACUCUAAGUUAAGCAGCCUGCAGGCUUGAAUUGAGGAAGAUUUAGUGAGACAUUCCCUUUUUUCAAUAGCAGAGCAAAAGGGAAAGAGGAAACGGACAAAGGAAAGCAGCGAUUAUGUUUAGUAGCGUUUCUCAACCUUGGCCAUUUUAAGAUACUUGCUGGGAGUUCUGGGGGUAGAAUUCCACACACCUUAAAAUGGCUAAUGUUGAGAAACACUGAUAUAUAGCAAAGAUUCUAAAUAAAAUCAAUAAAGUCCCUUACUUAGCUAAUUAGAUGCUAUGUGCUUUAUGAUUCUUGAUUUAGAGGUUUGUACUGAAUUGGAAGCUGAUGGUUUGCUUAGAUGCUGUUAGAAAAGCACAGGAGCAGAGCAAAGUCUCUAACAUUGGUGGGAACCUGAGAUCAGGAAAAGCCCGCUUCUUAGCGGGGCAUUUUCUUUUCUCCAAGAAUGCGGCCCCCUCCAUUUUUUAUGUCAGUGGCCUAAAGAGAUCAAGAGAUCACAAAAAGAUCGUAUGAUGGCACAUGCUGAAUCUGCCAUAAGAUGUUUGGAAUUAUAUAGGCCUGGUAAAAAUGCUCUUUGUCUUCCUCUUAACCCUGGUAAUGUCACGCUACGAACUGGUCUAUUCAGUCAUGUGACAGGGGCAACAAAAAAGAGGCCGACAGGCCAAACAUGCCUUUUCCUCCUCAGGAUGGGGUUUUGAAACAAAGGCACGGUCACAUUCACACACACAUGGACAAAUGCGAUUGGACACUUGACCGGAGCUAUGUGAACUUAUGAAUGGGAUGCUACUGAAAGUCCAUGGAAGGAAACUUAGUUGCCUCACAUGUCUUGGUAAUUGGACAACUAUUUGGAUGUGUCUUACAGGUUUAUUGGGUUGAUUUUUUAGGGUUUUUUUUUAAAAACAUGAAUACAAGUAUUGAGUUAUUUGCUGUCUUUUAUUGUUGUUUAGUGUGUAAAUUAUUUCUGAAGUAUCUUUCAAGAAAUAUUUUUACAUUAAUUAUUCACCUGCAUUCAAUUGCGGAUACAGGGAGUUUUUUUUUUCUUGGGUUGGGUUCAGUUUUGGUUAAUUAAAGGCUUUCAUCACUUGCCAAAACUAGUCUUAUUUGCUGAGGUUUGUGCUUAGUGCAGAACAUUUUAGUGUGUGUGUGUGUGUGUGUGUCUCUCUCUCUCUCUCUCUCUGUGCCUCUCUGUCUCUCUCUUGCUGGGCGCUUCCAGAUGAGGCUGUUACCACAGGGUUCCCUUGCUCCUUACUCACAGAAUCAGGGGGUGUUAAAUUUUUCUUUCAGGUUUUUGUACUGCUUCUUUGGCUGCUUUUUUUGACCAUGGAAAAUCCAUUGUGGAAGGAAUGAAAGAUUUGCUGUUCAGUGCCUUUUCACUGAUACUACUGGGAAUCAUGUUGUUGGGCUUAGCAUGAUGUGUCGGUCUUAGGAGAGAGCGAGGCCUUGCAGCCAGAGCAGAGCCUUCACAUUUGGCAAGGCAGCAGCUUAGAGUCAUAGACAAGCCUCUUCUGCCUGCCCUAAGCUGGAAAUGUGACGUGACUUAACUCUUCCAUGGCUUCAGGUCUGAUAUCUGCAUCACUGGACUUCUGUUUACUAUUUGGGACAAAGUUGGCUUGCAUAUCUUCUUUCUAGUUUAACAAUUUGUUUGUAGUAUUAAUUUAAUGUUACUUUGUUUGUAACACUUGCUGGCAAUAUUCUAAUAAAGGUGAUAGUGUCAAACCAUCAGAAUGCAAUAGAUAAGCAAGUUUAUUGCCCCACUCCUUUUAAGCUGAAAAGCAGAAUAUCUAAACAGUUGGUAUGAAAGUUAAUGUGUAUUGUCUAAGCUCCAAAGCUCUUGAAGUUGGGUAGAACCUUUGUUUUUCUAUUUCUAAUAUUUUCACAUGUUAUGUGCUCACAACUAAUUGCUUCUAAUAUGAGACUUGAAGUUUUUGUUUAUAAUAAAAUAGUUGAUUUUCAA